AUGUUCACAGGUGGCUGUUCCUUUGAUGAGCACUACAGCAACUGUGGUUACAGCGUGGCCCUGGGGACCAAUGGGUUCACCUGGGAGCAGAUUAACACAUGGGAAAAGCCAAUGCUGGACCCCGCAGUGCCCACAGGAUCCUUCAUGAUGGUGAACAGCUCGGGGAGGGCUUCCGGCCAGAAGGCUCAUCUGCUCUUGCCCACUCUGAAGGAGAACGAUACCCACUGCAUCGAUUUCCAUUACUACUUCUCCAGCCGAGACAGGUCCAGCCCAGGAGCCUUGAACGUCUAUGUGAAAGUGAACGGAGGGCCCCAGGGGAACCCUGUCUGGAAUGUGUCCGGAGUCGUCACCGAGGGCUGGGUGAAGGCAGAGCUCGCCAUCAGCACCUUCUGGCCACAUUUCUACCAGGUGAUAUUUGAAUCCGUGUCUUUGAAGGGUCAUCCUGGCUACAUCGCAGUGGACGAGGUCCGGGUCCUGGCUCAUCCAUGCAGAAAAGCACCUCACUUUCUGCGGCUCCAAAAUGUCGAGGUGAACGUGGGGCAGAACGCCACAUUUCAGUGCAUUGCUGGUGGAAAGUGGUCUCAGCAUGACAAACUUUGGCUCCAGCAAUGGAAUGGCAGGGACACAGCCCUCAUGGUCACCCGCGUAGUCAACCACAGGCGCUUCUCGGCCACGGUCAGCGUGGCAGACACUGCCCAGCGCAGUGUUAGCAAGUACCGCUGCGUGAUCCGCUCUGACGGGGGCUCUGGAGUGUCCAACUACGCCGAGCUGAUCGUGAAAGAGCCUCCCACGCCCAUCGCCCCCCCAGAGCUGCUGGCUGUGGGAGCCACCUACCUGUGGAUCAAGCCAAAUGCCAACUCCAUCAUCGGUGACGGACCCAUCAUCCUGAAGGAGGUAGAGUAUCGCACCACCACGGGCACCUGGGCCGAGACCCACAUUGUCGACUCCCCAAACUAUAAGCUGUGGCAUCUGGACCCCGAUGUGGAGUACGAGAUCCGCGUACUGCUCACACGCCCAGGUGAGGGGGGCACAGGACCACCAGGGCCUCCCCUCACCACCAGGACCAAGUGUGCAGACCCAGUGCACGGCCCACAGAACGUGGAGAUUGUGGACAUCCGAGCCCGGCAGCUGACGCUGCAGUGGGAACCCUUUGGCUAUGCAGUGACCCGCUGCCACAGCUACAACCUCACGGUGCGGUACCAGUAUGUGUUCAACCAGCAGCAGUAUGAGGCCGAGGAGGUCAUCCAGACCUCCUCCCACUACACCCUGCGAGGCCUGCGCCCCUUCAUGACAAUUCGGCUGCGGCUCCUGCUGUCCAACCCUGAGGGCCGGAUGGAGAGUGAGGAGCUGGUGGUGCAGACAGAGGAGGAUGUUAAUCAAGCAAUGGCUUUGGAGUUGCAGAAACCCAAGUUUGAAUCUCAGAUUUUCAUUUCCUGGGGUCCAGUAAAUGAAAGCAAUGGAGUGGUAAGAUAUUUUAAAAUCAACUACAAGGCUGUUGGCUCACUGGAUCCAAGUGCCGACCUCUCCAGCCAGAGGGGGAAAGUGUUCAAGCUUCGCAACGAAACCCACCACCUCUUUGUGGGUCUGUAUCCAGGGACCACCUACUCCUUCACCAUCAAGGCCAGCACAGCAAAGGGCUUUGGGCCCCCUGUCACCACUCGCAUCGCCACCAAAAUUUCAGCACCAUCGAUGCCUGAGUACGAUACGGACACACCACUGAAUGAAACGGACACGACCAUCACGGUGAUGCUGAAGCCCGCUCAGUCCCGGGGAGCCCCUGAGACCAAAAUCAACUGUGUGCGUCUGGCUACCAAAGGCGCCUCCACCCAGAAUUCUAACACUGUGGAGCCAGAGAAGCAGGUGGACAACACUGUAAAGAUGGCUGGCGUGAUUGCUGGCCUCCUCAUGUUCAUCAUCAUUCUCCUGGGCGUGAUGCUGACUAUCAAAAGGAGAAGAAAUGCUUAUUCCUACUCCUAUUACUUGAAGCUGGCCAAGAAGCAGAAGGAGACACAGAGUGGAGCCCAGAGAGAGAUGGGUCCCGUGGCCUCGGCCGACAAACCCACCGCCAAGCUCAGCGCCAACCGCAACGAUGAAGGCUUCUCCUCUAGCUCUCAGGACGUGAAUGGAUUCACAGAUGGCAGCCGUGGAGAGCUGUCCCAGCCUACCCUCACCAUCCAGACUCACCCGUACCUGACCUGUGACCCCAUGGAGAUGAGCUACCCCCGGGACCAGUUCCAGCCUGCCAUCCGGGUGGCUGACCUGCUGCAGCACAUCACCCAGAUGAAGAGGGGCCAGGGGUAUGGGUUCAAGGAGGAAUAUGAGGCUUUACCGGAAGGGCAGACAGCUUCGUGGGAUACAGCCAAGGAAGAUGAAAACCGAAAUAAGAAUCGAUAUGGGAACAUUAUAUCCUAUGACCAUUCCCGAGUGAGGCUGCUGGUACUGGACGGAGACCCACACUCUGACUACAUCAAUGCCAACUACAUCGAUGGAUACCAUCGGCCUCGACACUACAUUGCAACUCAAGGUCCAAUGCAGGAGACGGUAAAGGACUUUUGGAGAAUGAUUUGGCAGGAGAACUCGGCGAGCAUCGUCAUGGUCACCAACCUCGUGGAGGUGGGCAGGGUGAAGUGUGUGCGAUACUGGCCGGAUGACACUGAGGUCUACGGAGACAUUAAAGUCACCCUGAUUGAAACAGAGCCCCUGGCAGAAUACGUCAUCCGAACCUUCACAGUCCAGAAGGUCAAGCUCUUCGGCAACCCCCACCAAGCUGGGCCCAUAGCGGCCCACUGCAGUAAUGCCGGAGCCGGGAGGACUGGCUGCUUCAUUGCCAUCGACACCAUGCUCGACAUGGCUGAGAACGAAGGGGUGGUGGACAUCUUCAACUGUGUGCGCGAGCUCCGGGCCCAGAGGGUCAACCUGGUGCAGACAGAGGAGCAAUACGUGUUUGUGCAUGAUGCCAUCCUAGAAGCAUGUCUCUGUGGCAACACCGCCAUCCCUGUGUGUGAGUUCCGCUCUCUCUACUACAAUAUCAGCAGGCUGGACCCCCAGACCAACUCCAGCCAAAUCAAAGAUGAAUUUCAGACCCUCAACAUUGUGACACCACGUGUCCGGCCUGAGGACUGCAGCAUCGGGCUCCUGCCCCGGAACCAUGACAAGAAUCGGAACAUGGAUGUCCUGCCUCUGGACCGCUGCCUGCCCUUCCUCAUCUCGGUGGAUGGAGAAUCCAGCAACUACAUCAACGCAGCACUGAUGGAUAGCCACAAGCAGCCCGCCGCCUUCGUGGUCACCCAGCACCCUCUCCCUAACACGGUGGCAGACUUCUGGAGGUUGGUGUUCGAUUAUAACUGCUCUUCUGUGGUGAUGCUGAACGAGAUGGAUACUGCCCAGCUCUGCAUGCAGUACUGGCCUGAGAAGACCUCCGGGUGCUACGGGCCUAUCCAAGUGGAGUUCGUCUCUGCAGACAUUGAUGAGGACAUCAUCCACAGAAUAUUCCGCAUCUGUAACAUGGCUCGGGGCACCUCCUCCCGCUACUGCUCAUGUGGCUUUAGGAUCAAUGUUUCCUCUAACCUGGAGAGUCUAAAUGGAGGUGGCCGCAGUGGAACUUUCUGUGCUAUCUGCAGCGUGUGUGAGAUGAUCCAGCAGCAAAACAUCAUUGAUGUGUUCCACAUUGUGAAAACAUUGCGUAACAACAAAUCCAACAUGGUGGAGACCCUGGUG